AUGGCGGACACAGCAAUAUUCCUCCCUGGCGAGGAGAUAUCACAAGAUUCUCUGCCAAAAUCGAAGAAAGGCACUCUCACACUUGGCCCCGGUCUACGACACAUCCCGCCAUCAACAAUCCUCUCCACAACCUCUGGCACGCUUCACGUCGACCACAAGAAAGCGGCCCUAUGGAUCGAACACGCCCAUGGCCGCUACCUUCCCUCAGUUGGUGACCUUGUCAUCUCCCAAAUCCACCACUCCAGCGCCGAAGCCUACGCCUGCAGCCUCACACCAAACACACCAUACGCAUUGCUUGGCCAAUUAGCUUUCGAAGGCGCGAACAAGAAGACCAGGCCACAGUUGAAAGCUGGCGACCUGGUAUAUGCGCGCAUCAUCAAGGCGAGUAAAUGGGAAGAUACCGAGAUCGAAUGCUACAACUCAAGCACCGGCAAAGCAGAGGGCAUGGGCCCUUUGAGUGGAGGUAUGGUGUUCGACGUGAGCCCUGCUUUUGCGAGGAGGUUGAUGAUGGGCACGGAUAAGAAUGGCAAGCAGAAGGGCGAGCUUGUCGUGUUGGAAGAUGUGGGCGAGAAGGUGCGAUUUGAGGUUGCAGUGGGAAGGAAUGGCAAGGUGUGGGUGGAUAGUGGGAGUGUGAGGGAGACGGUCAUGAUCGGGAGGUUAUUGAAAGACGUUGAUGAGAGCGGGAUGGAUAUAGAGGCGCAAAAGAAAGCGAUUAAGAAGGCACUGAAAGAGGUCGGGAAGUGA